AAGUAGCUUUUGUUCUUUAGCUUCAUUCAAGCAAAAGGCAAACAUGACCGAAAGGACCAACAUUUUCUGCCAUAGGAGCUUCCCCUAACCUCUUCUCCAUUGCCACCUUGUCUUUUUCUCUAUAUGAAACCAAAUCAAAAACAUAUCCAAAAGCCAAAAGCUAGACAAGUAAUGGAAUGUAGCAAGGAAGAGAAGAGCAUGAAAAUACCAAAGUUACCCCUCUUGAACACUCUACCAAUCAUGCAUUCACCAGAGAGAUCAGGAACAAAAACUCCACCGUUUCAUAUCACAGUAUCAGUUCCAUUUGGUUGGGAAGAAGAGCCAGGAAAACCAAAAGCUUGUACUGAUAUUGUUACAUUCUCAAAUCCAACAACUUUCAAGUGUUUGGAACUUCCUCCAAGGUUGUUGGUUGAUACAAAAGUUCCAUCACCUACAAUAGUCUUUGAUGGACCCUACAAGAAAGAUUGUAGUGAUUGUUCUGAAAAACUUGGGAGUUUGAUUCUUGAGAAAGAAGUGGGUGUAAAGAAAAAAGGGUUGUUUGGUAAUUGGAGGAAAAAGGAUAUUAAGGUUAAAAAACAUGUCUUUUUGUCAUCUUCUGUUGAUAAGGUUAAGGAUAAUGUUAUUGUUGGUGGCAUUAUAGAUAGUGACAAGAAUGUGAGGAUGAGGAAGAAGAUAAAACAUUAUGGUAGCUUUGACAGUUCAUUCCAUUCCAAGUCUUCUGUUUGGACAAAGAUGUGUGAAAGAUGGAAGCGUGUGGUUCAAUGGAAGAGUGAAAAAGUGAACAAGAAAGAGUGUUGGUUGUUUUAGGAAGUGUAGGAUUUUACCUAGGGUGACAUGGUGAUGUCAUAAUCAAUUAUCUGCAUGAUGACAACUACAUAUGUAAUACUGUGUUUUUCCUAAUUUGUCUUUCUCAUAUCUUCACGAAAUCAAAUAUCAUAGGUCAUUCAGGGUCUA